AAACACUCAGCGAAACUGGCACUCUUUAUAUAUUCAUUCACUCAGUUAUAGAAUCGACACACGGCUAUGGCGGAUCGGCUGAACGUCUGCAUUAUCGGCUCUGGCAACUGGGCGACGACGAUUGCCCGCAACGUGGGCAACAACGUGGCCAACUCGCCGCUGAUGGAGCCCAAGGUGAAUAUGUACGUCUACGAGGAGAUGAUCGAGGGUCGCAAGCUGACGGAGAUCAUCAACACCACGCACAUCAAUGUCAAGUAUAUGCCCGACUUCGUGCUGCCGAUGAAUAUCGUUGCCUAUGACGACGUGGUGACGACGGCGCGUGAUGCGGACAUCCUGAUCUUUGCCAUUCCGCCCACCUUUGUGAACAGCUGCUGCAAGACUCUGCUGGGCAAGGUGAAGCCGCUGGCCCACGCCGUCUCCCUCAUCAAGGGCUUUGAGCGCGGCGAUGACGGCCAAAUACUCCUAAUAUCCCAUCUCAUAAUGCGCCAGCUAAAGAUACCGUGCUCGGUGCUGGUCGGCUGCAAUUUGGCCCAUGAGGUAUCCAACAACAAUUUCGCCGAGGGCACCAUCGGCUGCCGGGAUCAGAAGUAUAUGCGCAUUCUCCAGGACCUAUUCAAAUCGAACACCUUUCGUGUGGUCGUCACAGACGAUGCGGACUGCGUAGAAAUCUGCUCGACCUUAAGGAACAUAAUUGCCUUUGGCGCUGGACUGGCGGAUGGCAUGGAGUUGAAUGAGAAUACUAAGGCUGGCGUUAUCAGGCGUGGCUUUUUGGAGACUCUACAGUUUGUGGACGUGUUUUAUCCAGGCAGUCGCUUGGCCACUUUCUUUGAGUCUUGCGGCCUCUCGGAUCUAGUCACCAGCUGCUAUGCCAAUCGCAAUCGCAAGCUGGCUGAGGCCUUUGUCAAGACUGGCCAGCCGCUGAAUGAACUGGAGAGUCUGCUCGUACCGGGCCAUGAGCCGCUGGGUCCAGUGACCGCUGAGCUGGUGCACAUUAUGCUCAAGAAGAAGGGGCUGGAGGAGAAAUUUCCACUGUUCACCGCUGUGUUCCGCAUCUGCACAGGCGUUUACCCACUCACGCGCUUGGUUGAAACUCUACGCUACGCACGCGAGGACAUCUACCAUCCCAAUCACAUUUUCCCGCUUUAGAAUCGGAAUAUUUCUGACAAAGCUAAAGAAAAGCAGAAAAGCAGAAAAUCCCAUGUAAAUUUUGUUAAUGGCAAACAUCAAUAAACAGAAGCACAAUUCA